AUGUUCCAAAAGUUCCAAAACCUACGACAAGGAAAUCGCUCCGUUGAUGAAUAUGCGACGGAGUUCUUCAAGAUGAUAACCAGUGUUGAGAUUCGUGAUACAGAGCAACAACUUGUCAUGCGUUUUGUGGGAGGAUUACGCCAGCAAAUCCAGUUUACAUUAAACCUAUUUCGACCAGAAUCAAUCUCGGAGGCUCAUCAACAAGCAUUAACCAUCGAAGCUCAAAACCGCAACAACUCCCAACCUUGGGGUACUGCUCGACAGCCUCGCCAGGAUCAAGCACAAACACCAGUCGUUUCUUCCACUACCUUGACUUCACAACCAGAAACGGCCAUUGUCCCUACCGAUCCCGCAAAACAACAGCGACCAGGAGGGUUACGUUGUUUUUCUUGUGGAGAACUUGGUCAUCGUCAAUCAGCUUGCCCGUCCCGCAAUCGUCGUGGCUUGCUUCUUGACCCAACAGGUCACGAUGUGGAGGUCUCAGACGAGUCCCCUCAACGCAAGAACUUGUUCUCUUCACGAUGUAUGAUUAACGGGAAAGUCUGUACGUUUAUAAUUUACUCGGGCAGCAGUGAGAAUGCCAUCGCCAAAUCAGCAGUCUCGAAACUUAAUCUUGAGGUCGAGCCACAUCCAUCACCCUACAAACUUGGAUGGUUGCAUCAGGGGAACGAACUGAUAGUCACACGAAGAACCUUGGUACACUUUUCAGUUGGCGCUUACAAAGAUCAGUUGUACUGUGAUCUCGUACCAAUGGAUGCAUGCCAUCUCUUGUUGGGACGUCCGUGGGAGUUCGAUCGUCGGGUAAUCCAUGAAGGAUUCCUCAACACAUAUACCUUUCGUUUCAAUGAUCGUACUUUUACGCUGAAGCCUUCGGCUCCUGCCAUGAUUACUAGUUCACCAGCGACACCACCAAAUCCGGUUUUGUUACUUAAACAAGCGGAAGUCAAGGAAGCAUUGCGUGAUGCCGAUCAAAUCAUUCUUCUUCUAGCAGUACCUGCUUCCUCAUUCAACGAUCAUGAUAUACCACCUAAGUACAUGCCGCUACUAACGGAAUUCGCAGACGUGUUUCCGGUAGACUUACCAUCCCAGCUACCUCCCCUCCACGAUAUUCAACAUCAAAUUGACCUUAUACCUGAUGCGUCCCUUCCUAAGUCGAUCCCAUUAUCGAAUGAGUCCGGCGGAACAUGA